CUACAAUCCGUUCAAUCAGUCGCCAGAUUGCAUCGUACAAGAACUGUAUCGCGAAAAUAAUAACAACAUUGAAUUAAUCAUGGAGCGAUCUUUUGAUUGGCUUGUUAUUCUGAUUGCGUUAGGAAGUGUUCUAUGGCAGGGAUUUUGUUCAGGAGAAACAAGACAUUGUACUGACCCAACGGGGAAACCAGGACAGUGUAUACCAGCCCAUAGGUGUUCUUAUGUGGUAGAAUUGGCACGCCAGGGCCCAUUAUCUUAUGAGAAUAAGUGGCUUCUGAAGCAAAGUGUAUGCUCGGUGUCGAAUACUGGCAAGGCAGUGGUGUCGGUCUGCUGUCCAAUAGAGAAACUUCCGAAGCCACCACGUUGCGGCUUUGGGAAACUGAUUUACUAUUAGGUGGUCAACGAGCUUUCUUAAGUGAGUUUCCUUGGACCGCCAUAGUUGAAUAUCGGCAAAAUACAAGCAACGAGACAGGAUACCACUGCGGAGGCACGUUGAUUAAUUCGAGAUACGUACUAACCGCGGCACACUGUGUCCAGCCAAGAUCCGGUCACGAUUGGGAAGCAGUCGGUGUUCGUCUGGGUGAGCACGACCUCAAUACAGCUCUGGAUUGUGAGUUCGAACAGUGCGAGGAACCUCCCGUAACCGUGGGCAUCGAAAAAAUCAUCGUUCACGACGGAUACAGCCCACAAAGUAAGGCCCAGCACGAUGACAUUGCGUUGAUUCGGCUUGACAGGGAUGUCGAGUACAGCGUAAAUGUUUCUCCUGUCUGUUUGCCCGUUGAAGAAUCUGAUCGAACUCGAAACAUUACCGGUGCAUGGGGCGUCAAAUCCGUCGGUUGGGGAAUCUCGGAAUCCGGUACCGUAAUGCACGAGAAAUUCAAAACCCAGUUGAGCAUCGUGGAUAGGAAAAGCUGCAUGGAAACGAUUGGAACGGAACUUCGGGAUACGCAGCUCUGUACGGAAGUCCGUAGGGAUCGUGAUGUGUGCGCGGCAGAUUCCGGCGGACUGCUGAUCCUCAGGAGUCGAUCAAUGGCCAUGUGCAACAUUCUGUACGGCAUUUCUAGCUUCGGGAAAAGUAGCUUUUGCGGAACGAAGGGAGAUCCGGCAGUGUUUACCGAUGUUACUAAGUACAUCGAGUGGAUCGAGAGAAAUAUUGAGAUUUAGGCUGUAGGGAACGGUAUGGAAAGUACACCUAACCAGUCGAGGUUACUACAAGUUACUCACCAGCUCUUGAGAUCAAAAACCAUUUUUCAACUCAAAGUAUGAGUGCCACAUAUAGAAGAGAGUUAUAUGAAAUAAAUAAAAUAAAUGUUCAUGAUA